GGCAGACGCAGUCACCUCACUUCCUUUGCCAUUGUAGGUGCUGAAAGUGAGAACAGGCUCAUCAUCAGCUAAUCAGCCUCCAGAAAGACAAAGAGAUGCAUUCACCAGCUCAGCGACCAGGCAUGGCUCCGUGGGGUGAUGCCAAACUCUUCUUCUGCAUCCUCUUUAUCAUCUACUGCUGCACAGCGACAUUGGCGCAGAUACCCAUGGACUGUUGCUUGACGGUCAAAAACAAAACAAUUGAAAAGACUGUUCUUGCAGACUACCAUCAACAGAUCAAGGGGCAGGGCUGCUCUCUCAGUGCCAUGAUUUUGGUGACCAGGCGUGGCAGGAGACUCUGUGUGCCUGAUAAUGAACCAUGGAUCCAGGAGGUGGUGAAGCAUGUGGAUAUCCUGAAGAAAUACUGCAAGAAUCACAGCUACAAGGGCAACCGCUGCUUCGGAGUGAAGCGUGCGUAAACUGAGAGCGACCUGUGACCUCUUCAGCAACAACAACAGAGUGGACCACUGCAAGUCAAAGAGGAGACGGGGUGGAUCAAACCAAUACAUAAAUAGAUACAAAUUAUAGGGAUAAUCAUAGUGAUUCCUCUUAUCAUUAAAAACUAUUUUACCAUUGUAUUUUUAUAAAAUUAUGUUCGAGUCGCAAUGAAAAUAUAAAAGUUUGAAGGAUUUUAUAUUUUUUGUGGUAUUUGAGUUUUAGAAGAUCAGGAUUGUGGAAGAAAUAUUAAAGUUUAAAAUGUGAAUAGUUGUAAGUGUAGCUAAACUCUGAACAACUGAACUACUCAGGCAGUUUGAUUUCUUUGAUUGUUGACCUUUUUCGAAAUAAAGCCUUGUUUUUCCAAAUCCC